GGUGCUGCUUGGUAGAAGAAGGGAGGAGGGUGAGCAGACGUCAUACAAGGAGGGACGGUGAAAGGAAGGCUCACAUGUGCCGCUGCCUUAUUUAACCUGGAUUUUCGCUGAACAGGACAGUGACAUGGGCCAUGACUACCACUGUGUGCUGGUGCAGGCUUGCUGCUUGGCGGGAAGUGCCUGUGAGGGCCAGCAGCUUGUCAGGAGGGCCAGGGAGACUCAGAAUAUUGGUUGGGACCCCUCAAGAGACCUGCCCAAGUGUUAGUUUGUGAUGGAGGGGCAGCUGCUGAUGGGCAAGCUUGGGGAUCUACUGGAGGAGCAGGAAGAACCUGGAGGGAAUGGUGGAAGUGAAGUACUUGAAGAAGCUCCCUACACUCACCCCCAAGGAUUCCUUCCACCUUGACGACUGGUUUUCUGCUGUACAGACUACAGACCACUGGCCGCUGACAGGGUGUGACAUCAAUAUCCAACACCUGUGGUAUGUGCAGGAGCUGGCAGAGGGGCAGGGUGACAGGGCCCACUGCCUCACCAUCCCUGCCCACCAUGCCCCUGACAAGUUCGUCACCUGGGUACAUGCUCAGGCACCCCUGCAGUUAUUCUCUAGGCGAGGACGACAGUUGGAAUCCGUGUGAGAUAGUAGGCCGGCCCAACUUCCAGUAGUGAUGGAUGGGGAGGCAUGCCUGGUGUGUCCUGGGAGCAAUGUGUUUGAUGAGGCUCUGGGAUGACUGAAGUGUGUCUGGUGAAGGAUUAUGAAGGGUAUAUGCUUGUGUUCUUAAAGGCUUAACGUCUUUAUCAUGGCAUUCAGUAGGCCAUAGUGGAAGUUGUGGGGCUUGACAUUUGUAUCACAACAUUGAACAGGCCAUAUUGGAAGUUGUCAGUGUGUGAGUGAUGAAAAUGCAAAAUUGUAGGUGUCAGAUUUUGUUUACUUGAAAAUUAACUCUAUGCUGUAAUUUUUUAUUUAUUUUUUUCUUUGUUUUACAUAUCUUAGAUGAGUUUAGUUUUUGUCAUUAGUAUAUCCAGCCUAUCUAUCUGUUCAUCUAACACCUUCAUCAGUGCACAGGUGGAGAGUGUGAGGGUGACAGUGAGAUGAUGCCUUGCAGGGUGCCUGUCUAUUGUGCCUCUCUCUGUACAUUGAUGCCUAAGAGAACAUUUUGGUCAUAUCCUAGUCAGAGAAUAGAUGAACUAUACCUGUGUGUGUGUGUGUGUGUGUGUGUGUGGCCAACACUAUGUAUGUAUAUAUUUAUUGACUUUACAAUGGUGUUUAUUGCUCCUGUUUAUUAUUAUUCAUUCUACAGUGGUGUUUAUUGCUGCUGUUUUCACUUUGUGUUCAGAUUUUCAUGUGUAAUUUCUCUCUGUAUUCCAGUUGAUGUAAUUACAAUAGUGUUCAGUGUAUAGUCCUGUUCUAAGUAGUUAUGUUGUAACUCCAAUCAUCCAGUGCCAUGCCUGAACUAAUUCCACUCUCAUUUUGUUGGAAUUCAUUCAUUCCUCUUCAUUAUUAU